AGUCUUUCUGUGACCACUGUUUCGACUAGACGCACCAUCAGACGCCUGUCUCUUGGCAAAUUUUCAGGAAAAUCUACGCGAAAGUAACACGCACGGAUAGAAAGUUCAUCUGGAAAUAGUCUUUGACGAAAUAAAUGAUUUUCCUCUGGGCUAAUUAGAGCAUUUUGAAUGUUCCAGUGAUGAAAGCAAUAAGUGAAGUUGUUAAACGAAGCCCAGUGAGCCAAUAUGAUGGAAUUUACAUAAAUUAGUGUCUGGAGCUUUUGUGAUGAAAUUUAUCAACAAAUUCUGUGAAAUUGUCAGUGAAAAUUGAUGACAUGUUAGUGGGUGACAAUGAAUACUAUUUGUUAGAUAUUCUACAAUCUAAAAACAACCCUUGCCACCCACUUGCAAAAACCAAAUUUAUCAAAAUCGUGUAAAAACGAGAGAGAGACACAAAAAGCACUUUUCUGGACAUAAAAUGGAUAUUGAUUUGGACAAUGGAACAUCAAUUGGGCAAUUGUUUAAUUUAUACACAAUAUCAAAUGAUGGAUAUGCAUCAACAACAAGUCCCCUGAUAUCAACAAAUGAAUCAUCGAUAAAUAAUUCGAUGAUACUGAAUAUUGCUGAAGGAAUUAGUGACUUUCUUAUAACUUACUACACCCCAAUUCUUGUGUUCACCGGCAGCAUUGGCAAUAUGCUGUCUAUUUUAGUAUUUUGCAAGACAAAACUCCGUAAACUCUCAUCAAGUUACUACUUAGCAGCCCUUGGUGUCAGUGAUACAUUAUUUCUUGUUGGUCUCUUCAUUUCAUGGUUAAAUUUUGUCGAUGUUAACUUAACAAAUCGCAAUUUCUUCUGUCAAUCUUUCAUAUAUCUCAGCGGUUUGUGCAGUUUCCUAUCUGUGUGGUUUGUUGUAGCAUUCACAGUGGAACGCUUCAUAGCUGUACUAUAUCCAUUAAAAAGACAAACAAUGUGUACGGUGAAGAGAGCUAAAAUCGUACUAUGUGGCCUAACUGUCUUAGGUUGUAUCCAUAGUGCUCCAUUCAUUUUAUUUUCCAGCCCACAAUUUUCCGAACGCCUCAACGCUACAAUUUGUGAUGUACGAGAAGAAUAUAAAGAGCACAUGACGAUAUUCAACUAUAUCGACACCAUCAUAGUAUUCGUCGUUCCUUUUACUGCAAUUGUGAUAUUGAAUUCUUUUACGGGAUUCACAGUAUGGAAAGUAGCUGGAGUACGUAGGAGCAUGACAAUUCAAAAAAGACAAGGCAGCAGUUCACUGCAUGAUUUUCGAAAAACCCACCCCAAUCACCAACACUGUACACAUCCAAAUGGGCACAACAGUGUCAACCUUUCUCUUCAUCAGCAGAGAUCAACUAAACAACGAGUCGCCAAUUCUUCGCAAAUUAAAGUCACAAAGAUGCUUCUGAUGGUAUCGACAGUAUUCGUCUGCCUCAAUCUCCCAAGUUAUGCGAUGAGAGUGCGAGCAUACAUCGAGACACAGCCAACGAAGACCACGCUAGUGAUUCAAUACUACUGCUGGCUGUUUUUCAUCACAAACUUUGGCAUUAAUUUUGCCCUAUAUUGUGUUAGUGGGCAAAAUUUCAGAAAAGCUCUUGUGGGGAUGUUCAAAAGAGUCUCUCACCAUCGACAAGAUGGUACCACACAGGUAACAGUUUCAGAAUACAUUAGAAGUACCGGUUCAACAACGUCAAGACGCCGAAUUAUCGCAAGAAAUGGAUCAUUUAGUGAUGCCCAUGAACUCCACUUACUCACAACGAAUAUCAAAUAGGAAAAGUCUCAAAUACAAAUAAAGUGUAAAUUGAAUUGAAUUUUGAAGUGUGUGUAUAUAUGUUUAAAAAAUAUCAUUGAUAUAAAUUAUAAGUAAUAAGAGAAUUAGCAAAUUUCAUGGCUGUGCUUGGUUUCUGGUCAUAUAAAAAAAGGUUAUAUCAUUAUCAUCUCUUCUGUGAGAAUGUUUCUCCCAAGCAUUUGAUGUAAUGUGAAUACAUAUUUUAUUAUUUUAAAAUUUAUGUACAUAAAAUAAAAGAAAAAAAACUUGAAAACAACACAUAGUGCAAGAGAAAUUUUAUCAACAA